GUAAUAGCGUACAUGGCAAAGUGUCGUAGAGCGACCUGUUCAAGUCACAAUACUUGGUCAACACGCCAAUCGUGAGAUGGCGCUGGUGAAAUCCGACCUAAGUGAUGAACUCAUUGAGUCAUGACCACUUCCUCGUAAGCACAUAUAUAUAUACUCUCUCUCCUUUAUCUGAUAUCCAACAUAAACAUAACUCCUAAUUUUCUUUCUUAACCAAAAACUCUUUCCCCCGAGAAAUCUUCUAGUUUAUUACCUGACUACUUCGAAGCUCCUUAUUGUUUUCUUGUCCGUACAGCGUAAAACAGAGAAAGCAAAAUAAAAUGAGGAGAUCUAGCUGGUCUACUAUUUUGAUCGUGGUGAUGAUGGUGUCGUUGUUGGUGGUAGAACACGUCGUGGUUCCUGCCGCGGCCGGGAGGGUUCUGAUGGAGAAGCCGGGAGAGGAAAGAGCGACGGUGAUGAGUGUUGAGAAGAUGAAGUCGACGGUGGGUUCCUGGUUUCAGCGUUUGGCUUCAGGUCCUAGUCCAAGAGGUCGUGGCCAUUAAAAUAGUUUUUUUUUUUGUUUUCUUUUCUAGCGGGAGGAGAUCAACAGUGUCGAUAUAACCAUGUUCAUAAGUAUACCAAAAAAACAGCCGAAAAUUGUAUUCAAUUCAUUUAUUUCUUUGUUUGUAGUUUUUUUCUCUGAGGAAACUAAACCAUCAAUAUACAUGU